AGCUCGACAUGACCUCGACGAUGAUCAUUCGUUUGUUGAUUCCCUGCAGCAUUCUAGGCUUCGCGAGCUCUAUCAAUCAAAAUCGUUUCAUAGGAGCAAAUCAAGGAGAUUUUGCGUACACCAAUACCAAACAGCAAACUUCAAUUUCUUGUCCGGAAAGAAAUGGUCGAUUUCCUGUUCCAUCUGAAUGCGAUGCCUACAUAGAGUGCAUCGAUGGCGUACCUGAAGAAAAAUUAUGUCCCGAGGGACUCCUAUUUAAUCCAGAAGUGAGAUUCAAUUUUCCCUGUGGAUAUCCAAUAGACGUGGACUGCGAUGGAAGGCCUAAUCGACAGCCUCCGCAGCCAAGUGAAGAUUGUCCUCAUCAAUAUGGCUAUUUCAAGAUUGGAGACCAUCAAAAUUGUGGUCAGUUUAUGAACUGUGCCGAAGGAAGGGGCCACAUUUUCGACUGUCCUGAAGGAUUGGCAUUCAAUGCUGAAUCUUAUCGUUGUGACUGGCCUGAUCAGGUACCGGAUUGCGAUGCUGAAGCCUUCCUCGGCUUCCGGUGUCCAGAGGAACUUUCCAAUCCUGAACAUCGAUACCAGAUCCGAUUCUUCCGGAGUAUUCUAGACUGCCAGCGUUAUUACGUCUGCGUGAAUGGUCGGCCACGGUUGCAAAAUUGCGGUGCGGGAAGGGCUUUUAAUGAGCUCAUAGAUGCAUGUGAUGCUGCGGCGAAUGUCACCGGGUGUGACUCACUUCCACUGCAGCUUGAGAAGAAAACUAAGCUGUUUUAG